UCCGAGCUCCGGGCUGUCCGCCGGCCCGUUGCCCGCCCGCCCACCAGCCAUGUCGCGCCGGCCGCCGACGCUGCUCUUCGCCGCCGCGCUGGGCCUGGUGCUGGCGCUCGCCCCCGCCCCGGGCAGCGGCUACUUCCCCGAGGAGCGCUGGGCCGAGGAGUCGCCGCUGCUGCCGCCCCGUGUCCUGCUCGCCAUCCUCGCCCGGAACAGCGCCCACGGCCUGCCCGCCUUCCUCGGCCGCGUAGAGGCGCUCAACUACCCCAAGGACAGGGUCGGCCUGUGGGUGGCCACGGACCACAAUGUGGACAACACAACCGCAGUAUUGCGAGAAUGGCUGAUGAAUGUACAGGGGUUCUACCAUUCCGUCGAAUGGAGACCCAUGGAUCAGCCCAAAUCUUACCCCGAUGAGACUGGGCCAAAGCACUGGCCAGAUUCCAGAUACGACUACGUGAUGAAGCUACGACAAGCAGCGCUGAAGUCGGCCAGGGAGCGGUGGGCCGAUUACAUUUUGUUUGCAGAUGCAGAUAACUACCUGACCAAUCCAGACACCCUGACUCUACUCAUAGCCGAGAAUAAGACAGUUGUUUCUCCGAUGUUGGACUCUCGCUCCGCUUAUUCCAAUUUCUGGUGUGGAAUGACCGCUGAGGGCUAUUACAAACGGACUCCAGCGUACCCACCGAUACGGAAGCGUGACAGGCUGGGAUGUUUCCCGGUGGUCAUGGUUCACUCCACAAUGCUGAUCGAUCUUCGCAAAGAAGCCUCCAGGCAGCUGGCGUUUUACCCCCCACACCCGGACUACACCUGGGCCUUUGAUGAUAUCAUUGUCUUCGCCUUUUCGUGCAAGCAAGCAGGUGUCCAGAUGUACAUCAGUAACAAGGAGUACUUUGGCUUCCUGCAGGUGCCGCUGAAGUCGAGCAGCACCAUGCAGGACGAGGUGGACAGCUUCAUUCACGUCCAGCUGGAGGUCAUGGUGAAUCAUCCUCCCAUGGAGCCGUCCAAGUAUGUGUACGUGCAGCCCAAAAGCCUCGACAAGAUGGGCUUCGACGAGGUGUUUCUGAUAAACCUGAAGCGCCGCCUUACCCGCAGAAUGCGAAUGCUUCGAACGCUGUAUGAGCAGGAGAUCGCAAGUGAAGUGGUUGACGCAGUCGAUGGAAGAGCUUUCAACAGCAGUGAGAUUAAAGCGCUGGGCAUCACGAUGUUGGCUGAUUAUCAAGACCCGUAUUCAGGGCGGCCUUUGACCAAGGGGGAGCUGGGCUGUUUCCUCAGUCACUACAACGUCUGGAAGGAGAUCGUUGAACGAGGAUUGAAAAAGUCAGUCGUGUUUGAAGAUGAUCUGCGGUUUGAAAUCUUCUUCAAGCGAAGACUGAUGUACCUGAUGAAAGAAAUGGAGAAAGCCAAACUCGACUGGGAUCUGAUAUACAUUGGUCGGAAACGAAUGCAGGUGGAUCACCCGGAGAAAGCAGUACCUGGUAUCCGUAAUCUGGUCGAGGCUGACUACUCCUACUGGACUUUAGCCUACGCCCUCUCGCUGCAAGGAGCAAAGAAACUCCUUGAUGCCAAACCCUUUGAAAAGAUGCUGCCAGUGGAUGAAUUUCUACCUGUGAUGUACGACAAACACCCAUUACCCAAGUACCUGGAACUCUUUGAAAAGCGGGAUCUGAAGGCUUUCUCGGUGGAGCCUCUCCUGAUCUACCCCACACAUUACACGGGUGAGGCGGGCUACGUCAGCGACACCGAGACCUCCACGGUGUGGAACAACGAGAAGCAAAAGACUGACUGGGAUCGUGCCAAGUCUCAGAAGACCAGGGAGCAGGUGAAGAUCCGGGAGGCAGCCCAGAACCUGGACGUGUCGCAUUCGCCCAUCGGCUCGGCUUCCAGAGACGAGCUGUGACCACCGACCGUCACCCCCGUACAGUGGAGCCGGAGCAGCGACCUGCCGUGUUUCAGAGCGAGUUGAGAUGUCUUCCAAACCAAUACUAGGCCAGGUAACGCCCGUCUCUGUGGUGACACCCACAGGCGGGGGGGGGGGGGGGGUUUUGCUGAGAUAACUGUUGUUUUGAAUAAUUCGUUGUGUGCCUCAAUGUAUAUAAUUAAUAAAGAGCCAGACACGAUUCACCUCAAAAUGAUUGAGCACCUUUGCAGGGCCAAAGUAGCAAAAAUGGACAAGUGAUAUUGCAGCAUUAUUGAGUUCUUUGGUCGAACAAGGGGUUUUUAAACCGAUGUGAUAUCAGCCAGUACUGAUCACAUUUCUGUCCAUUGACUUAUCAUUCUGUCUUCACUUUCAAUAUCAUGCAAAUACCAAUAUGUCUUUUAUUAAAUGUAUUUUUACUAUUUAAUGUCUGUUGGUGCUAUCCUGGCAGUCAUAGCUGUUUUGGUCCCCAUGGGUUUAGUCAGCUGUGUGCUAACUAGUGGAAGUCCCUUGACUUAACGCACGUAAUGAUAUGUCGUUCUAACCUUUUCCGGUGCCAUAUCUCUGCCUGUGGGCAUCCUGGAGAAAUCUGCCUCUGCUUCCAUACCUGGUGAAACAGUAUCACCAACAAGCACCUCGUUGUAAAACCAGGGGGAUGUGGGAGAGGAGGUAGAGAGAUGUCAUAAGGAAUAGGAACAGAAUUAGGCCAUUUGGCUCAUCAAGUCUACUCCACCAUUCAAUCAGUGCUGAUCUAUCUCUCCCUCUUAACCCCAUUCUCCUGCCUUCUCCCCAUAACAUAGAAACAUAGAACAUAGAAACAUAACCUCUGACACAUGUGCUUGCUCCUCUCACGGACUGUCGGCGUUGGCAGUGCCUGCACAUAGGGUGUAUGCCCCUUGCAUUUUUCAUACCCCUGCCCACUGCUCCCAGGUGUUUCAAGAAUAUUCACUGUUCAAACAUUGCAGAGGUGGGUGCCAGGAAACGUUUUGAUUUUUGGAUGGAAAUCUGGAAAAUGUUACAAUGAAGCAGUUUACCAAGUUGACGUCAAGCAUGUCACACCAUCCUACGUGAUACUUCCCAGAGUGCGUGCUUCCUUUACUCCAAACUUCCUGCCGCACCCACAUGACGUGUCUCUGAGCAUUCACUGUCCCUCAAUGGAUCAAUGGAGCUUUUUUUGUCAUGUGCAAAGUGCAAACACACAGUGAAAUUAUUUUCUUACAAACAGUCCAGUUCUGCUUUAGAGGAGCAGUCUGUUAUAAGCCAGUGUCUCUGAGUCCAACAUCACCAGGUUACAUAGAAAAUAGCUACAGGAAUAGGCCAUUCGGCCCUUCGAGCCAGCAUCGCCAUUCAAUAUGAUCAUUGAAUAGGUUAUUGAGGAAAUUCCCCUUGUACAAGGAACAUUGUCACCCUCUUUGAGAUUCCAGAGGAACAGUCUACCUGGUUCCCUACCUGGAGCAGCAAGCAAUCUGCUGGAGAACUCAGCAUCUGGGGGUAGAAAGGAUUAGCCAAUCUAUUGGGUAGCAACCCUUUGUGAAGGUGCUGCUUCAACCGCUGAGUUCCUCCAGCACACUGCUUGUGGCUUCACAUUCCAGCAUCUGCAGCCUCCUGUGUCACCAAUACUCCUGGGUUGGUUUCCUAUUUCAUUUGGUGUUGCCUCACCUUCAUCAGAGUUCACCUGGUGAACAUAUUUCAUUCCCCUUUACACCAGAAAGGGGAUUUUUUUCUCUUUUACCGUUUAAUUUCUGUUGGUGCUAUCCAUGCAGUCAUAGCUGUUUUGGUCCCCGUGGGUUUAAUUAUCUGUGCACUCAUCUAGUUGCUUAGGAGGAAGUCCCUUGCCUCAGCGUGUGUGUGUAAUGGUGUCAUUCCAACCUGUUCCAGUGCACCAUACUAUCUGCUAGCGCAUUUUGCCCAUCGCGCCCUAAUCUCUGACCUCUUCCCUUUUGUCUUCACCAUCCCUUGCACAUCAGUGCUGUCUGCAAACCUAACCUAGCUGCGUUGAGUUUCUGAGCCCAAUCCAUUGAUGUGAAUAAGAAGCUAACGAUUCGGAAGCUGUUCCCAGCAUCAGCUCUUCCUCUGCUAACCUGUACCCUCUGAGGUGUCUGGACCUGCCCUGCUCUGCUGCUCCUUGCUGGGGUUAGCAAGGGUCAGUGCCUUCAGCAGUGAAAACUGAGCAGUAACCUUUGUCUGUACUCAUCCGUUUCUGCCGAAAGUAACCAAAGACUUUUCCUUAGAUACACACAAAAAGCUGGAGUAACUCAGCGGGACAGGCAGCAUUGCUGGAGAGAAGGAAUGGGUGGUGUUUCUGAAAAAAGGUCUCCCAUUCCUUCUCCCCAGAGAUGUUGCCUGUCCCGCUGAGUUACUCCAGCUUUUUGUUUCUGUCUUCGGUUUAAACCAGCAUCUGCAGUUCCUUCCCACACGGUACCUUUCCAUAACAGCUCAGCUCCCUCUUUCCAUCACGUUGUUCCUCACACCCCUGACACCUCACAACUUCAGGAUCAGUGUUGAUAUAAAAAUAAACAAGGUGGUUGGAGUUUUAUAAGUACCUGGUAUUUAAUUAUACUCUUAUGUAGAAAGUCAGGUUUUAAAAACAAAUUCUGAAAAAUAUAUAUUUUUCUAUGGGGAAUCCUUGACUCUGGCAAGUCUCUUUAUUUUGGCUGAUUUAUCCCAGACAUCAUUCAUUUUCCUUGCAAUGCCCAGAAACCUUUAUGAUGUUAUUUAAUAUUUCCUGUGUUUAAAUCUAUGUUUACUACUUUUUAAUUUUCAAUAAAAAAUUUAUACCAAUUUA